UUUUUACUGCCUAACUUGCAUCUUCGCUAUCCUUCCUUCUUUCCCAGCAUGCACUGGCUGCAGAGCGCUAAUGGCGAGGUUCCGGAUCUAUCAUCUCUGCAGCUCGACAUCGUUGGUUUCCUCGCCAUCUUGGGAGAGGGUUCCGUUUUGGCCAACGCCCAAGUCCUCACUCUGUCGCGAUGGAUAUUCCUGCCGCGCCUGAUUCCUGCCCCUCAAGCUCUUAUGCGCCCUACCAGACCUCCCACCCUAGACACCGUGCCGGGCCAUGUCACGGGCAUCUUCUCGGGCAACUACAAGAAUUCCAUCAACCACAUUGGCAACAUUCUCUGCGAUGGCUCUGUUCUCCCCGAACACUCGGUCCGUGUGGUCAACAUUACGCGUGCUUCUACUGAAAAGAACAUCAAAGCACGAACUGUCGCCCCCCUCACCGUUGUCCUCUUCCUCGGCUUCUUCCUCUCUUGUCUGCUCCUCGGUCUAUCCAUUCAUUACAACGAUGGCAUGUCAAUUCUGGCUACCGUCCUCCUCUCCCUCCUCUCCUCGCUCAUCGGUCUCGGUAACAAGUGGGAAUUGAAGCUUCCCGAACGCAAGGCCAAGUCGGACAAGGUACCCAGGGGAGAUGUAGUUAUCCGGUACGAUAAGGGUAGUUUCCUGGUCGUCCGGUGCUCCGAGGACGUGGCUCGAGAAUUAUACUUUGCCCCCGAGUCGAUACACUAUUUGCUGAUUAACGGAUGGGCAUACCGCCUCAUCAGCCUGGUCGGGACCAUGAUGCUCAUGGGCGGCGUCGUGGCCUUGGCCAACGCUCGAAUUGAGCUCCAGAUCACCUGGGCAGGGUCCUAUAUGACUCUUGGCUCGGCAUACUGGAUUGUCGCUGCCAUGCCUAAUAAACUUCACUGGGACUAUUCAUGCUACGAAGUCACCGAGGAACGUCUUUCUGACUCCAAGAUGAAUAUGAAAGGCAAACCUUCGGUGAACGAUACCUUCACGCAGGCUCUCUGGCGGGCGAUUGUCGUUACCAAGAACACCGACUGGGUCAUGCGUAGCAAUGCGUGUCCCAAAACCGCCGCGUGGAAACAAUGGCUGGAAGAAGCAAAAGAAGCAUCUCUGAGCGCCAGGGAGCCUAGUAGAGAACGCACGCCUGGGACCAAGGUGUGGCAAGUCCCCAAAUGGGAUGCGCAGAAGCGGCUUGGAAGUUUGCUGGCGUCACAGGCGCACAACGACAAGAGGGACUUCCUUGACGAAGAGGUUCUCGACGUCGAAGGUGUCUGA